AUGUAGGAACGAAGCUUCGUCGCCAAAUUUCUCCUUCUCCCGAGUUGCCGUGAUCUCUUUUGACUCGGCGAGCAGCGGCCCAUGGCGGGCUUUAGGGCUUAGGGGCGGAUUAGGGUUCCGGUUCCCAUCGAAAAGGUUCUCCGCGCCUAGCGAUCUCCCUCUCCCGAGCAUCACGCAUCUGCAUCAUCUUCUCGAGAUCUGGUUUCUUGGGUGAUAAUUAUCAAGGAAUAGAAGAAGAAAAUGCGGGCACCAUCACUGCUUGCGCAAUGCUUGCCAGGAUUAAUGACCCAUGACAAGAAUGUUUACGGCAUUUCCAUAGUUUCUGAAAGGGAUUUGCAUCUUCCUUCACCAGCUGUUGAGAUUCUUCCUUCAAAGAAUGCUCACCCUUACAAGUAUGCUGGAGAGAAUGUUGAUUUGCAAGGUCUCAACAUUUUCAAGGGAAGAGUUAGUGUGGCCGACAUGAUUGGGUUUUCCAGUUCGGAGGUGGUAUCGUCAAGACCUGAUGGAUCUCUGAAAGCCUGGGAGAGUUCAAUUGAUCUCGUAAGUACGCUUAAGCAUGAGAUACGUGACGGGCAGUUGAGUUUCAGGGGCAAACGGAUUCUAGAGCUUGGUUGUGGGUAUGGCCUGGCUGGGAUUUUUGCUUGCCUCAAGGGUGCUUCCACAGUGCAUUUUCAGGAUCCAAAUGCAGAAACUAUAAGAUGCACGACCAUUCCCAAUGUCCUGGCAAAUCUUGAGCAGGCUUGGGACAGGCAGAGCCGCCAACCAGAGAGUCCACUCACCCCAUCUCGGCAGCAAUUGUCUCCUGAUAUUCAUUUCUAUGCUGGGGACUGGGAGGAGCUCCAUACAGUCCUCUCUGUGAUGCACAUGGAUGGAUUUGAGCUAGCACCGGGGGCAAACCUCAGCUUCUCUGAGGAUGACUUCAUGGAUGGGUGUAGCAGUCAGGAUGGAAGCAUCACUGGUCAUGAACCUUCUUCCAGACGAUCAAGGAAGCUUUCAGGAAGCCGUGCUUGGGAGAGGGCAAACGAGACAAACACUGGGGAUGGUGGUUAUGAUAUUAUUUUAAUUACUGAAAUCCCAUAUUCAGUGAGUUCUGUGCGGAAGCUAUAUGCCCUCAUAACAAAGUGCUUGAGACCACCGUAUGGAGUGUUGUAUGUGGCUGCCAAGAAGAAUUUUGUUGGUUCGAAUGGUGGAGCACGACAGCUGAGAGCCCUGGUGGAUGAGGAAGGCGUUUUUGGUGCCCAUGUGGUUACUGAAUUGGCAGAUAGGGAAAUUUGGAAGUUCUUUUUCAAGUGAGUAACUUACUUCGAGGGGUCAAGAAAGAGGUCAUUCCCCCACGUCACAAACCCCUUGGUUUCCAUUCUUACACACUGUAUAUCCCACCAAGGGAGAAUUUCUUCUUUUAUUUUAUUUGAUAAUAAGGUCCAGAAUCAUUUGUUCCAUGAGCUUGCUGAAAUGUUGCAAUGUUACCUCUUUGUAGAUUUUUAUUCUUUUUUUCAUAUUGAUAUGUACACAAAAGGAUUAAUUUGAAGUUUGAUUUGUAUAUGAGACGAUCUUUUUUCCAUGUCA